AGAGAGAGAAAUAGAAAUAGAGAGAGUCAUAUCAGGAAUUAUCAGUGUGAGCGAGCGAGCGAGAUGUGAGGCGGUGCUCUGAAUAGGUAAUAGAGGAAAGGAUGGGAAGAGAUUAGAGCUGCAGUCUGUGAAAGGAUACUCUGCAAACAACAAGCACACCCAACCUUGGGAGACAGGAAAAGUGCACGUUUCAUGUAAGGAAUAUAUAAAACUAACUGGAAUAUGCAGUGGAUGUUUUCUUUCAGGAUAAUUGGCAACUUCUAACGGUGAGCACAGAUCUGAGAAGUACUUUUGGUGAGACUUUCUUGCUUUCCAGAACAUACAUGAGUGGAUUGCGUAUGAACCAUAAAACGAUAAGCUUUUUAAAUACAUACAGUAGUUGCUGUUUGUUUUAUUCUUGGUUCAUCCCGUGUCCCAGAUACUGACCAUCUGGUAUUACUGUAGUAGAGUACAUUAGAUGGCCAUCUGUGUAUUGAAGACAUUGCAUAUGUAAACUGUAGACCUCAUAUGAGUUAAGAGCAGAGGGCUUUUGUUUAUCUCAAAAAAUGACCUCCGCAUCGUAUAUAGUUUUGAUCUUACUCUUGGUACGGUCCUCUGUGGCCAUUUGCCCUCCAGGCUGCCUGUGCACUGUUGACAUACUGAGCUGUGGCUCGGUGGGUCUCGAUAGAUUUCCAAACCCGCUGCCAUUCACGACUUCUGUCCUGGACCUGAGUCAUAACAGAAUAACGUGGCUGGCAGCAGGCAGUUUGUACGGACUCCGACGGCUUCACUCUUUGCAUAUGUCCCAUAACCACAUCUCUUUGCUCAGCCCUGGAGCUUUCCAUAACAUCAGUAGUCUACGGUACCUGGACCUUUCUUCCAACAAACUCCAGGUGGUGGGAAAGCACCACUUUCAAGGCCUGGUGGAAUUGGAGGUGUUGUUGCUGUACAACAACCGGAUUACCCGCGUGGAGAGCAACACCCUCGUGGGGCUCAGCAAUCUUAGGAAGGUUUAUUUCAGCCUCAACCAGCUGACCGACUUUCCUUUCUUCACAGUGCGCAAGCACAGUCAUCCCAACCUGGUUACGCUGGACCUGUCAUCCAACCGCCUGUUUCGCUUGCCAAUGGAUGACAUUGUAUUAUUGCCCGUGAUGGUCCAAAAAGGCCUGUUUUUGCAGAACAACAGCUUGGAGUGCGAUUGUUCCAUAUAUCGCUUGUUCUGGCACUGGGAUCAAAAGGGAUAUGCGAGUGUUAGAGACUAUAAAGAGGACUAUAAGUGUUUAAUGCAGGGCGAGCCUCCGGUUUCAAUUCAUUUGCUCCGCACCCCUUACUUCUUCGAGAACUGUACGGUUGGGAAGAUCAUAUCUCUUUUAUCGCCCAAAGCUGAUAAAGUCGUAUACAAGGGAGAACACGUCAAGCUGGACUGUACUGGGACUCUGAAUGAAGAAGAAGUGUCCUACAGUUGGACCAUCCCUCAUCAGGAAAACAUCAGUGUGCUGAUCCACAAUGGAACGGUACGUUUAAAUCAAGAUGGUAGCCUGGAUAUUCUUGCAGCCCAGUAUACAGAUUCAGGGGUUUAUCGGUGUACCGCUGUGGAUGGUACUAAGAUGGUCAAUGAAUCGCGAGAAGUGAACCUUACAGUGCUAGCCCAGCGCCCCGCGGAGGAGUCGUUCAACACGGGCUACACCACAUUGUUGGGCUGUGCCGUGACCCUUGUGCUGAUACUGAUGUAUUUGUAUUUAACCCCAUGUCGAUGUGCUUGCUGUAAACCCCCUCCUCCUUCACCAGAGACUUUUAGGGAAGACCCUUGCACUCUAGCCUCGAUUUUUACAGCUCCUUCAACUGCAGACGGACUCAAGGCAAAGUCUCAGGCGGACAGGCAUGUGGCGUUCCUGGAGCCGCUUAUUGCAGGAAGAAACGGCCAUUCGAAAGCUGCAUUCGCUGUCGAACAUCCUAUAGUUCAAUGGGAUAUGGAGACCUUAACCGUUAUUAAGGACAGAAAUGAUUCUGAGUAACAUCUGUGACUGGGUAAAGUACAUUUUUUCUAAACAUAUUAUAAAUGUUAUAGAUGUAUUGCUGAACCACGUUGCAUAGUCUGUGGACUAUGUAUUACUAAAUUGUGGAGUUGCAUCCAUUCAAGUUGUAUUUGAAAGUUGAGAGACGACAGCUUUCCUGUGAGUGGGCGUGGUUUCAGCACCGACAGUGGACACUGGACAGUGGAAUCCUGCCUAUUUUUUCAAGAUUUUGAUAACUUAAAUUGGACUUUACACAGACUUUAAAAUCAAAUCUUCAAAAGCUUGUUUGGAUCAUGAUCAUAUUUCCUUAAUAAAUUGUUAUUUUGAUCCUCAGAUUUUGAGGCUGUCUCUUGUUUAGAAUACCAGGCAAAUAUGAAGUGAUGUGUUUGUUUUGGAGGAUUGUGUACAUUUUAACCUCCUAAGACCUGGAUGUACACAUACGUGGACAUCAAUUUUAUUUGUUGUUUACACCAUCAUACUUAAUUCUGUGUAACUGAAACCUGUUGUACACAAAUGUGGCAAUUACACUGCUUCAUGUUCAAAGAAAAAUAUUUGGUUAUUAUAUUUAUUGGUUCUUCCUAACCCCAAAAUAGCUGGAAGAAAUCUGAAAAAAAGACAAACCAAAGCUCGGGUCUUAGGAGGCUAAAAAAUUUGUGCUAAAUAGCAAUAAAAUCUCGUAAUCAUAGAGGAACCAUUUUUAGUGCUAUAUAGCACUAAUCACCUAUAGAAGAGGUGAAAUA